CGAAGACGACUACAAUCGGAAUAUCGAUGCGAACGCGCGUUCAACAAAGCAAUUUGCAAAGAGCUGAACAUUUUUAAUUUUCUUCUGUGUUGUAGAAACCCUUAAGAUAUGCAAUGUAAUCAGAAAAUCAGAAAAAGUGUAAAAAUCAAAGUUAAAAAAUACAAAUAACUUCGAAUUAGAAGCACAAUUGCGGAAAAGUUUAAAUAAUACUGAAAAAAAAAUUGCAAUUUAACCGCAAGUAGUUCUGAACAGUUAGUUUGCUUGCGGACGUCGUACACCUUCGCAAAAUACGGAAAAGUAAUAGACAGAUGGAAAAUUUAAAGUUUACGAAAUAACUAAGUGAAAACCUAUAGAUUUUCAACAGCUUUUCAAGCAGUGAUUAAAGGGACUUUGCAUUUUUUUUCUUCUUGAAAGUACUACCAACUUCUGUUACUCACAAAGUCAUUCGUUGGCGAAGGGAUAGCUACGACGCAACGGACAAUUAAAAGUGUGAUUCAUACAAUACUUGCGACCUAAAGGCGUCGCAUAACUGUAAGGGUUUACGAAACAAAACCACCCCCACAAAUAUCAACAAAACAACACUAACACCACCAAAGCACUUUGAAGUUGUAGCAGCGCACGAGUACGAGUAAAGCACGCUGGGAAUCAGCGGCGUAACGCUACCACCACUUAGGUGAAUACGACGUCGACGACUACGACUUCGACGGUACCGUUAUUGCUUUGAGCUAACGAAAUAAUAACAAAAACAACUGCACACAUACACUGUAAGCUGUCGCAAGUUGAUAACUACCCAGCUUAACAGUAUUUGUUAGGGUAUGACAUAUUGGAAAAAUCGAUUACGUUGUGGAAUUUUUGAAAUUCAACACGCGUAAUAACAAAUACACGCGCAUAUAAAAGUCACAGAAAUUCUAUGAAAUUUGCAGUGAAAACAUCUGCAAAAUUUUUAAUGCUUAUCUCUUCUUGGUUUAUCUGGAUAAGUGUUAGAGUUAAUACUCAGAUCUACCACUUUGGAAACAACCACAACCAGUAAUUUACAAUUACAAGCAAGAUGGGCGACGAAUUCAGCCCAGAUGUGAGCACAAUGGAGACAAUUCUUCCAGCUAUUUUGGGUUUUGCCACCGCCGCUGUUCUCUCCGCAGUCGCGUGCGUUUGUGCCAAGCAAAUACGUCAACGCAACCGCAAACAGAAUCAGCAUGACUCCUCUUUCCCAUUCCAACCGACUCGCCGACCAACAGCUGUGCGCUCACCAAGUGGACAACCACCACACUAUCUCAAAAAAUCACCCUCACCGACAGGCACCAAGCAGUUGGGCAUUUUGCAGCCAAUGCAGGAUCAAACCACGUCACCGAUUGCACCACAAACUAUGAAAUAUGUUGAGGAAGAUGAGAUACAAUCACGCCACAAUCGUCAACUGAUGAACGGCGAACAAAAGCAUUCACCCACUAUCGAGACACAGGCGACCAUUGUGGCCCACACCCAGGGCAACAAUGGUAAUAAUAAUAGUCACAACCACUACCAUAACCAUCAUCUAAGUGCAAUGGAAGAUACUGGCAAGGAGUUGAAUAUCGAACAGUAUGGCAAAUUGGGCACCAUCUACUUCAAGCUACGCUAUUUGGCCGAACGCAAUGCACUAAUGGUAUCGAUUAUACGUUGUCGCGGCUUGCCUUGUAAGAAUGGUGGUUGUGGUGGUGGUUCCGGCGUGAGCGGUGAUGGUAGCAGCAACAACGGCAAUAGCAACAAAAAUUUCUCAAAUAGCUCCAAUGAUAUACCGACUGGUUUGAAUGGUCGUACACAAACCGCCACCGAUCCGUAUGUGAAACUACAACUGUUGCCCGACAAACAGCAUAAGGUGAAGACUCGGGUUGUACGCAACACACGCAAUCCAGUCUAUGAUGAGGAUUUCACAUUUUAUGGCUUGAAUAUUAGCGAUCUACAGAACAUGUCCUUGCACUUUGUCAUACUCAGCUUCGAUCGUUAUUCUCGUGAUGAUGUCAUAGGCGAGGUUGUCUGCCCAUUAUCGUCCAUUGAAAUUGGCGACAUAUCUAAAGAAGCUCUCUCCAUCAGCAAGGAAAUACAGCCACGUAGUUUGAAGAUACGGGCUCAAGGACGUGGCGAGCUAUUGAUUUCGCUAUGCUGGCAGCCAGCCGCUGGUCGUUUGACAGUUGUGCUGUUAAAGGCGCGUAAUUUGCCGCGCAUGGACGUUACCGGUUUAGCUGAUCCGUACGUAAAGAUCUAUUUACUAUACAAUGGGCAACGCAUUGCGAAGAAGAAGACGCAUGUCAAGAAGCGCACACUGAGUCCAGUAUUUAAUGAAAGUUUCGCGUUCGAUAUACCAGCGGCAGAGGGUACCGGGGCAACGCUCGAUGGUGUCUCACUGGAGUUAAUGCUUUUAGAUUGGGAUCGGGUUACCAAAAACGAGGUAAUUGGCCGAUUGGAACUGGGUGGUCCAAACUCUGGUGGCACUGCAUUGAACCAUUGGAAUGAAGUAUGCAAUUCACCACGAAGACAAAUUGCCGAAUGGCAUAAACUUAACGAGUAAAGGAACAAAAAUAAAAAAUCACAAAAAGUAAAGCAGAAAUGAUAGUUGAAUGUAGAGAGGCGCUUUUCUGCAGGGGAGACAGAUUUUGUACUGAAAAUAUAAAACCUGCACAUUUAUCUGAAAAUACAAAUCGACCCACAACUAAUACAAGUGUAGCAUUGGCACAAAAGCCAACGAACGCACCAAAUCCAACACAAGUGAAAAAUAGUAUUGACAAAAAAUAUAACGGAAACUGCAAAGAAAAAAGUAUUUAUUGCGUAAAAUGCAAUGUUGCAAAUAAUUUGAGAAAUAGUUUAUAAAGCAAAAAAAUGUACUCAACUAUAAUUUUAUUAUAACUAAGAUCAGUUAUGCAUAAAUGAAAAGCAACAACAAAAAUUGAAAUGAAACAACCAGCAAGGCAUACAAAAAAAGUACAUUUAGAAAAGUGUGUGUAAGUGCACACACACCGGUGUAGAAAAAACGAACGCGCACUUUCAUACACAUAGAAAGAAAUCAUACACACACCCAAGUAUAAAAAAAAUUGAAAAUGUUAUUUAAUGUGGGGGAAAUGAAUUUUAAAUAAAAAGCAUCUAUAUUUAUAGAGAAGAAGGCAGGCGGGGGUGGAGUUAUAAGAGAACUAUUUCAAUUAUGUAUUAGAGAAAUUUUAUGUAAACUAAUAUGCCACCACACAAACAUGUACCAUAUGUGUAGAAUGAACGCCCUAGUAUAUAAAUCUCAAGUAAAGCGCAAACUACGUAUGAAGCAGGCUCAAACAUUUUCUUAUGCAAUAAUGACACUCAAACGAGUUAUUUAAAUGAAAUUCCAUACAUAUUUUAAGGUUUUGUAGUAAAAUGCCCCUUCUUAUAUUUUUGCGAAGUAAUUUUGUUAGUAAAAAAAGCAGCAAACAAAAAAUGGAAAAAAUGUUAGCCAAUUUAGUUGACCACUACUACAUAUUUCAUCUUCAAGAAGGGCGAAAUAUUUUUCUGGGGCUUUAUCUAUUUUUUUUUUGCUUGCUUUUAUGUUAUUUCUUUUUAUUUUAUUUUAUUGGUUAUUUAUAUUUAAUUAUGUAGCUUUUUUCACGCUGUGUUAUGUUUUACUAUAUUACUUUGUUUGUUAUUAUGUUACUUUGUGUUAUGUUAUGUUAUGCUAAACUGUAUUUAUGGUAUUAUUUUAUUUCGUGUUAUGUGGUUAUUAUUACGUUUUGUCUCGUAUUUUGGGAUAUGCCAUUCUUUGUGAUGCCACGUUAGAGUAUCUUAUUUUUUCUUAUAUAGGUACAUUAGGACAUAUUCCUGUAGUUCCUCGGUGGAACACAGGACCUCAAUAAGGGCCGCAAUAAAGGCCUCUUACACUGUUAUUACUUUUUUUAUAUUUCAAUACUUUGUUUUAGCUGUUUUAGGUUUCUCAUUUACUCACAAUAAAAAUUACUCUGUAAAUAAGUGAUAUUAGUUUAAAUUUAAAGAAAUUCAAUAAUCUACACAUAUAAUAUAUAUAACUUGAGAUAUUCGUUGGGAAAAAUAUUCAAACCGACAUUCAUUAUAGACACUACAUUCAAAAUAUUAGAUAUGUAUGUACACAUAAGUACUUAAGUAAUGUAACCAAGUGUUUAAGUCAAUAUUUAAAAAUUUGUGUUAUUUACCACUGAUUUAUGUGCAAUUGUUUGUGUGACACUGAAAAAUAAAUUGAUUGCAUCAAAUCAAUUACCUUAGCUGAAAGCUUUUCGAAACUUUGUUUAUAUAUAAAUACAAAAUAUGAAAACACCAAAUGAACUUAUAAAAUUGUAUAGAUUAUUUGUAUAUGUAUUUGUGUAAAAUAUUAAAUUAUAUCAUACUAUUGAAUUAUAUAGUAAAAACAAAAACAAAACUAAGGAAAACUUCAUAAAUAACAUUAUGCACAUGAAACAGUAUACAGGAGACAAAUAGAAUUGAGAGGACAGAAUUAACGUUGCCUCGAGUAAAAUGUAUGGACUGAGUUUAUACGUAAUAUACCUGCAUAUGUGCAUUCAUUGCAAUUUAUUUUUGUAUAAAGAACAACAAAUUCAGCAGGUAGAGCUUUAUGACAUCUGCACAGUUCAAAAUUUCUCUAAAUACUUCCGCAUAUACGAUUCGCCGUCAAUCUUUGUAAUUCAAUCAAUGCAAAUCUUUCGUAUACAGGGGAAAAAGAUAUAUUGCCCGCUAACGUCAAGCGAAUACUUUUGCUAAUUAUGAGAGUUCUGUUUUACGUCUGAAAGAUAUUUGUGUUACGCUCAAGAGACAUAUGAAAAUAAUUAUAAUAACACACAAACAGUGUUGCCAAUUUAGCGACUUUGUCGCUAGAAUUGACGACUUUUGCUUGAGUCUUGGCGACAAAAAAAAAGUUUUGACGACAAAUAUGAUUUAGCGACUUAUCUGGCGACUUUUGGAGAGCAAAUCAAAACCGUUUUAGGCAAUAGAUACUUUUCUGUCAACUUGAUUACCCGUGAAUGCCUUUUACCUUCCAUACUCUAGAGUAACAAUUUACUGACUAUAGGUAAAAUAACGCACUACCUAUUGGUGUGUUAUCGUUGAUAAAUUAUCGAUCUAUAAUUGAAAUUUUAAAUUUGUUUUUACCUUAAAUUUUUUUUAUGAAAUUAACAACAAUCAUACGUUGUAUUCAGAAAUAAUAAAAUAUAUCUAAUUCAAUUACACCUUGUUUCACACAAUUGUAAUGAGUAACCAAAUUAUUUUUACCACUGAUCACAUAAGAGCAAUGCGGUCGGGGAAUCCCCGGAUUUUACUAUGUUCUGUACGUGAAACAAUUGAAUUGAUAUAGGCUCAGUUGAUUGUUUACUAUCUUCUAGCUUACUUACUUUUUAAUUAAUUUUAAGUAAAUAUAAAAUAUUUAAAUCUAUCUCUCAGAAUGAAAUUUAGGAUCCGCCCCUGAUGAAGUUAGCGACUUUCUAGCGACUUUUGAUAUUGGCCCCAGCGACUCAGAGUUAUUGGCGUUGGCAACACUGCAGUGCAGAGAGACUAAAUCCCUUUGUUGAUUCCCAAUGCUGAUGCAGAUGUGAAAUAGAAACACUUUGGCAUCUUAAAAUUUGCUUCCGUCUUGAACGGAAUACCUUUUUAUGUGAGAGCAGAGCUUUUCUAUAAGUUUUGCAAAGUGUUCUCAACUUAUUAGCAGGUGCUAAUAAAGCGUCAGAGAGUAAUAAGCACAUUCUUAUACACAUAUACACAUUCAUAUCGAUUUAUUCAAAUGCAACUCACACAUAGAACAUGAAAAGUGUAUGCAUACUUAACAUUUCUCAAUAUACGAGAGAGAACCACAUACUAUAUGCAAAAAAGUUUUUUGUUGUUUAAUACACAUGCACCAAAGAUUAUAAGGCAGAGUUGUAUCCUUCAACUGUGCAGAAUAAAAUCAUGAAGAAAACUUAUGUAAGCUUAAAAUGUUGCCAUAACAGCUGCGAGUGUGCAAAGCCGAAACAGAUACCGAACCGUAAGCAGUACAAUAAAGUGAAAGUAGAGUAAAUAAAAGAAAAUGAAAAAAUAUAAAUAUAGCAGAUGUGCAUAGAUUAUUUGUAAAGAUAAAAUAUGUAUGUAUGUAGUCUGAUAGUUAUGUUAAGAUUUGGAAAUAAUAUUACACCAUUCGAAAAGUAGUUUGGGGAUCACAAUAAAUAAACGAAAUAAAGUAAUAUAAAAAUAUAAACUAAAAUAAAAUAAAUUAAAGCAAACAGUGUAAUAAAAUAAAAAUAAAAAAUCAAUUGAAAAAAGUAAAGUAGAAAAUAGUAAAAUAGUAACAAAAAAUAAGUAAAUAAAAUAAAAUAAUGAAAAUCAAAUAAAAUAAAUUAAAGAAAAUAUUUCAUAAAAUAGAUGUAAAAAUAGAUGAUAAAAUAAAAAAUUAAAUAAACUAAAAUGAAACGAAUCAAAGAAAAUAAUUUAAUAAAAGGGAUGCCAUUGGAAUACCCAUGGCCACGAGUAAACUAAUAAUAAAAAACCACAUUAUCCAAGAAGCCCAUAGGUCAUGGAGAAAUGAAGUUACGUGACUAGGCUACUAUGGCCGCAAAUAAACAAGAAAAGAACAAAGGAAUUGCUUAGUCUCUCAAGAGACAAUAUCUCGAAGGUUGUGGCUUGUUUAACCGGCCACUUUCUAUUUGGCAGGCAUUCCUCGAGACUAGGAGUUUUCUCCCAUGACUAUUGCAGAAGUUGCAGAGAUGAGGAAGAACAGUCGAGAACUGCCUGGCGUGGGGUUGGCAUCAAUACUACGUUUCAUAAAAGCCACAAAAUGGUCCCACGACGGAAGAUAAAUAAGGUUCCCGUAUAUCACAGUGGUAUCACAACGGACCUGUAAGGUCUAAGUGAGUUGGUCGUGCAGACCGACUACCAACAUAACCUAACAUAACCUAAGGGAUGUUGAAAGAAGAAAUUAAAAGCGAUAUAUUUAUAAAUCACAAUAAAAUAAUAAACUAAAAACAUGAAAACAGUAAAAUAAAAAAUUUAAUAAAAUUAAAUA